GUUGAAAUUCCUGCAGAGGAUGGUAUGACAACAUAGGGUUUGACUCGAGGUUACAGUUGGCUCAAAACUGUUAUGACAUUCAUUGCAUUGUGAUUCCCAAAUCAUUUCAUCCCAAGUUUCUCCAGAGAGAAGAUGAUGCACUCUGUAGGACUCCAAAUCUUCCUCUCCCUGGGAAUACUACUGAUUCUCACCCAUUUUUCAAGCUGUAGCAGAAAGCUAAAAGCUAAUGCAUUGAAUGAGAGCUGCCUGGCUGAAGGAGAGCCCAUUUCCUGUGAUUGCCAAGCACCUCUCCAGAGAGGCUCAAUGGAAUGGACAGGCAAAAACUCGAGUUUUAUUUGCUCGGGGAUCAACACUGGACAAACCAAUCUCAUUGUAUUUGCAUUGGGACAAACGUGCUCUGCAGAAGGACAAAAUGAUGCAACAUGUGGACCUUACUUUGCAAACAUCACCUGCAAUAGGAAUGGCUACUUAUCUGUUCUCUCCUUCACUGCUAACAGCAGUAUGAACGGUGGUACGAUUCUAUGCCAACAACACCUAACUGGGGCAGAACCUUAUCAACAAUUUGUCAUCAGAGUAGGAGUUCGGCCUCACCCACCAGCCCAAGCCAACCUGACUUUCCCAAUGAACAGAAAUCUUCGAUUGGACUGGACUCCUCCGGCAAACCCAGUGAUUGGUGGAAUACGAGGCUACCUGCUGUAUUUCUCUCAAGGUUGUGGCACCUGCCCACACUCAGAAUUAGUCAGCAAUACGACCUUCACUGCUUCAUGCAUUGGAUGGCUAGCUAAUGGACAGACUUGUGUCUCUGAGGUCAGGACGGUGACAGAGGAUUGUGGACUGGAGAGCCCUCCCCUCACAAACAUUAGCAUUAUUGAUGAUACACGUCCUACUAGCGUCAGAGUCUCCAUACUUUGCACAGAGGAAGUGGAGCCUCGUACAAUUCACGUGGAGUGGAAUUACAUUCCUCCCCAAGUUAUCGACCCCAGUAUGCUCCCAGAAGUCCAAGGUUUCACGCUCAUAAUAUCAGAUAACCGAACCACUCGAAGACUGUUUCUCCCUGGUGCACAUGUUAGGGAACAUUCUUUCAACUCCUCAUUUCUCCAAGCUGCUAAUUUGACAGGAAAUACCAAAAGCAUCUUGGUAGUAGUGGAAACAGCAGCUGAAAAAAUUCCCAGUGAAUCCUUUCCAUUCUCAGAUGAAUUGAUCACUGGUAUUGACCUAAGACACGUUUUAACUAAAGAGCAGUGCGUACAAAUCUCCAUCAACAGCUUCUGCACUGAGAGCGCAGCAUCCUUUCAACUUCAACUCCGAUUCUCCAGGGGCUUUUGUGAGGAGAAUGCUUCAGAAACAACCACAGACAAUUAUACCCUACAGGCAAACUACAAGACAUGUAUUCAUACAGAAAGCUUUUCGAAUUGUUUUUCUGUUGUGGUCUUUAAUAACGAAGGAGUGGAAAUUAGUAAAAGUGAUCAGUGGCAGCUAAUACUUUCAGAGUGCAACACAAAUUCUAUUAAUGCCUCUGGAGCAUGGCUAAACUCAACCAUGGGUGAAGUGUCGCAAGGUGUGUUGGUCCCUCACAACACACAGCUGGAUAUUCACUGUAAUGCUGAUUGCAUGAUUUUUGGAGACAACAACACUCGUUGUGUCAACGGGACUUUUGAGCCAGCUGGUGAUGCUCAGUGCAACUGUUCUCAAGUUACCAUCUCAGAGGUGGUUGGUUGGGUGCUGGGUGUGAUUCUACUGUUGUUACCUGUGAUUGUAUUGUGCUGCCAUAGGAGGAUUUUUAAAUCAGGUACUACAGAUCCGGUUAGCAGUAAUAUCCUGGAAACUGGUGAUGUGUUAUCCACAUCCGUUUCUAGUUCUGAUGAUGGUUCUUCUGACUCUUCUCUCAGGCAACGGCAUUGAAUAAAUUAGGAAAAUUGUGGACUGAAAAAUUGUGAUCGUUGUCGUUGAUUUAGCUUCAAAAUGUUAUUGGAGUAAUUAAUUGCUAUGCAUAUUAUUGAAGUUUGG